GCUGCGUCGUGACGUCAAACACCCGAAGGCGGAAGUUGAGCAUGUUGUGCACAAAUGUGAGAACAUGUGGAAGAUAAGAGAGAAAGAAGAGAAACAGAAGAAGAGAAACAAGAGAAACAAGAGAAACGAUGAUGCCCGAAGACACGUGACGUCCUGCCAACAAGCGAACAGCUGUUUACAGCAGCUAACAAGCUAACAGCAGCUAAAGGCUAACAAGCUAGCAGCUGUUUACGGCAGCAGCAGCAGAAGAAGAAGAAGAAGAAGAAGAAGAAGAAGAAGAAGCGUGUUGUGUUGUGACUGUGCAGCAGCCAUGGCUCAGGCCGGAGCUCACCUGACCUCCACCACCGUCAAUGAGCAGCCGUCCAUCUUCGAGGUCCUGGCACAGGAGUCUCUGAUGGACGCGCUCAAACCUGCACUGAGACACGCCCUCAAGGUCCUGGCCGAGUGCAACCCGUCUCGUUUUGGCGUUCUGUGGCGUCGCUUUGAUGAGCUCUACCUGCUGCUGGACCUCCUCCUCCAGAACCACUUCCUGUCUCACUGCAGCGCCUCCUUCUCUGAGAACUUCUACGGCCUGAAACGAGUUCCGGGGGGGCGGGGAUUUCCCGUCCGCCUGGGGCUGCACAGGAAGUCUCACUGGCGAUCCCUUCUCCUUCUGUGUGUGGUGCCGUACCUGCGCGCCAAGCUGGAGGCGACGCUGGCGAAGCAGAGGGACGAGGAGGACUUCUCUAUCCAGCUGGCGAAGUCGAGGUGCCAGAGGCUUUACCGGGCGGCCGUGGCAGCUUACCCGUACGUCAGCUCAGCCUGGCAAGCCUGGGUCUUCUGCCAGCAGCUGCUCUUUGUCUUCGGAGUUUCCAAGACCCAUAGUCCUCUGCUGUGGUUAGCCCGGGUGAGACUGGCACGACUCAACGCCCAAGACUUCAGAGACAUGGAGCUGAAGGCCGGCCACGCCUCCGACCUGACUGACACGAGCCUGGUGCAGAGGACGUGGUGGGUGAUGUCACAGGCAGCGAGGGGCAUGGCCGUCUCCCUCUCCACCUCCCUGUCCCUGGGCGUGUUCUUCCUGCAGUUCCUGGAGUGGUGGUACUCCUCCGACAACCAGAGCACCGUGAAGACGCUCACCUCCCUGCCCGCUCCUCCGCCCCCCCUCCACCUGCAGGAGGAGGCUCCAUCGGCCUCGGAGAAGCUCAGUGAAGAAACGCCGCCGGGCUCCGACAGCAGGAACUGUCGUCUUUGCCGAAGACUCUGCACAAACUCCACAGUUCUGUCCACCUCGGGCUUCGUCUUCUGUUACCGCUGCGUCUACAUGUACGUGAAAGCAAACCGCCGCUGCCCGGUCACCGGAUAUCCCACCGAGCUGCAGCACCUGAUCAAGAUCUACUCACCGGAGAGCUGAACCAGCCGGAGGAGUUUCUGACUUUGACUUUUUAAAAAACACACAACAGUUGAUGACGAGUUAUUUUGUUUCUCUGUACGUCCUCGAGCUGAACGUUGACGAGCUGAAGGGAGAAGACGAGUGUUUUUUACUUUUCAACGGACUCUGCACUUUGAUCAUUCUGACAUGAGCUGAUUUAAACGUGAAGCUACUGAAUAUUACUAAAUAUCUAAAAUCUAUAAUAAAUCUGUAUUAAUAAAAAAUGUCUUUG